CGAAGAAUCGAGCCGCGCCGCGCGCGCGUUGAAGCAUGCCCUCCGUUCAUCUGCAGCUGAAGAAAGCAUAAUUUUAAAUUCAAGACACUGGCCAGUGCUGGUAUUGCAGCCAGGAUUGCAUUGUAUUGUGAAUGAUGGUCGUCAGAGUCCUGGCAUCUUCCGAAAAGUUUUCCCUUCUCAGUUGCUGAAACCUUUUUAACACACGCUUCUCUCUCCUUGUCUAAGGCGCCAUGGCCGCAUUUCUGGACGCUGCCGUAGAGAGGCUGCAAGUAGCCAUCACAAGAGACGUGCCUGCCUAUCUGAAGGGUUUGCCCCUGCCCAAGACGGCCCAGGGCUUCCUUGGCCUCGACACUGGCGACUGGGUGAAGCUUGCCCCCCUGCUAGGGACGCUCAUUGUUGUGCACCUCUUAUCCGUGUUUGCGUUGAGCCAGUUGCUCGGGGUGAUCGCUGCAAAAGGAGGGGCGAACCAGGUGCAGAUCAAUCACAAUAUCAAGAAGACAUUAGCUAAAGUGGUCGAUUACGUACCCGAAAAGAGGGAGGACAAAACGGCGUAUUGCCGGUGCUGGAAGUCGAAAACGUUCCCUCAUUGUGAUGGUUCUCAUAAUGCGCACAACAAGGAAAGCGGAGACAAUAUCGGGCCACUCAUGGUUCCAAAAAGCUGAUCAUCCAACAUGGACAGUCGCUCGGAGGGUAGUUCUGAAUAUAGUUCUGAGUAUAUUAAUUUGGUGGUAAGUCCAAAUGUGGGCUCGAAGGGGGUGGGAGAUACUCGGGCUGGCUCUGCGGCUCGCGCAAUUGCAAUUGACUGCGUAACAUGUGAAUUUGAAACUCAAAGGAAGCUUGUUUUAUAAUCGAGUCAACCGGUUAUACAAUUUAAUGAACUUGACGUCUGAUCGAGGACAAAAUUUGCGACAAAUAUGCCAACCUUCAGCCAAAUGGCUUAAUCAGCACAUACAUCACAAAUCGAUGCACCCAAAGAGAAGACAUGAACCUCGUGAUUGACUUCGGGAUCGUACGUCUGCAAUUGAGCUAAAAAAGGAAGCCGGUC